AAACCCACACUCAAUUUAUCUUUGGAAAUUUAUUGGGUUUUUAUCUCUAAAAUAUCAAUCAAUUGUAAUCUUUAAGAAUGAGGGAUGCCGUUACGCCUGUCGUCUAUCCUUCUGCAUCCAUGCACUGAAAAAUUAUCGGCGUUCUGCUGUUGCCAACGCGCCGCUCUCCAUUCGAGUUUCCCAAGGCACAGCGAGCAUCUAAAUCAUUAUGAGAUUUUGGGUCUGGAACUUUCAGCUUCGCAGGCCGAAGUGAAAAAACAAUUCUAUAGCCUAUCCAAGACCCAUCAUCCGGAUCGCAACCCCAAAGACCCUGGCGCCUCGUCAAGAUUCGUAAAGAUAUCCGAGGCUUACGCAAUUUUGGGUAGCCCACACAAGCGGAAGACCUAUGAUCAGCAUCUUCAGCAAACGUCUUCGACUCUAAGGGACCGCCGAGCCGCAUAUGGAGGCACGACAGGUCCCGCUGGUGCCAGACCCGCAACUGGUCUGAGCCGGAGGCGUACACCAUUCCGUGGGCCUCCACCAAGCUUCUACCGCAGCGGAGGCUGGGAUGCACACCAAGAAUCAAGAGGGGCCCAGGCCGACUUUUCGGCUUCAGGAAAUUCUUCCCGGCGCUCUGAUGGCGGAUUUGGGCCCGGUGGACCUACCAGCGGGCUGGACGAUGAUGUACCACAUUUUGAUCGGGAGAGGCAUCUUCGGUCCCAGGAGCAACAGGAGGUUAGGCGCCGAAGGCGCGAAGCAUCAAAAUCACAUAUUCGUGAGCCGGGUGGGAGCGUUUUGAUCAAUUUCAUCCUUGUUGGGGGAGUUCUUUCCUUGGCUAUUUUCCUACCGGGCUUGUUCGAAAGGAAGUUUCAGAAGAAGAAAAAGGACGAUCAAAGCUAAGUCGCUUUGAGAAUCACUAAUGGCGCAGCCGAUCAUCUUCAUCGUCCAUUACAAUUAAGCACAGAUAGGGUAAAAUGUAAAAAUUAGAAAAGACGCGCAAAGGCUGUACGGAAAAUCGUAUACUUUGAUUAAUUUACAGAUCGGCAAUCAAAUUAUGUUCCCACAAUUACCAUUGCUGACACCUUGGGGCUCCCUUUUUCAAAAAUGAGAUACCCACUACCCCUUCGGCUACGUCUAGAUCAUGUUUCAAUUUAAGCCUCGAAGGUGAAGCUGGCGCCAACCUAGCCAGGUGAAUU